AUGGUGAAAAAUGGGAUAGUCAGAAGGGCUAUGAUGCAGGUGCCGUUGCUGAUCUCUCUGCUACAUGCGACUCCGCUGUUCAACACAAUAGAUGCGAACAAUCUGCCGAGGGCCUCCGACAGUUCUGGCAGCAGCAGUGGUAAUCUCGGUGUGUACCAUGCAACGCCGGAGACCAAGGGCUCGGCGAGGUAUCUGAUCAUCUCGGUGGUUCUUGUUAUUCUUGGCGGGGUGUUCGCUGGGCUGACGUUGGGGCUGAUGGGCCAGGAUGAAAUCUACCUCAAGGUGAUCAGCACGUCGGGCACGCCGAGGGAGAAGCGAAAUGCGAAAAGCGUGCUUUCGUUGAUUUCCCGCGGUAAACAUUGGGUCUUGGUGACACUGCUUUUGUCGAACGUGAUCACGAAUGAAUCGUUGCCGAUUGUGCUGGACCGUUGCCUGGGUGGGGGGUGGCAGGCGGUGGUUUCGUCGACCGUGCUGAUCGUUAUCUUCGGAGAGAUCAUCCCGCAGAGUCUGUGCGUGAAGUUUGGGCUGCAGAUCGGUGCGUUUUUCGCGCCCUUUGUGCUUGUCCUGAUGUACGCGAUGUUCCCAGUGGCCUAUCCGAUUGCCUCUCUGCUGGACUACUUGCUCGGCGAGGAUCACGGCACCGUGUACAAGAAAUCGGGUCUGAAAACGCUGGUAACGCUCCACCGAACCAUGGGGGUCGAGAGACUCACUCAGGAUGAGGUUACCAUCAUCUCGGCUGUAUUGGAUCUGAAGGAGAAGAAGGUCAAGGAGAUUAUGACGCCAAUCGAGAACGUCUUCACGAUGAGCGCUGACAGAACGUUGGAUGAAACAACUGUGGAAGAGAUUUUUAAUUCGGGGUUCUCGAGGAUACCCAUUUUCUUACCGAAUGAGCCGAGAAAUUUCAUCGGCAUGCUUUUGGUGAGGAUCUUGAUCUCCUAUGAUCCGCAAGAUUGUUUGCCAGUGUCUCAUUUCCCGCUGGCAACUUUGCCAGAAACGUCGCCCAACACUUCGUGCCUUAACAUUCUGAAUUACUUUCAGGAGGGUAAGUCUCAUAUGUGCGUUGUGAGCGAAGAACCUGGCUCUUCUCUAGGUGCUAUCGGUGUUCUUACCUUGGAAGACGUGAUCGAGGAGCUGAUUGGCGAGGAGAUCGUCGACGAGUCCGAUGUCUUUGUUGAUAUCCACCAGAGAAUUAUGCGUGAGCAGCCUGGUCCUUUGUCGAAAAGGCAUAUCACUUCUUACUUGCACCAUCUUUACACAGACCAAAACAAGAACCAGCAAUCCAGCAACCAGCAAUCCAGCAACCAGCAAUCCAGUAACCAGCAGCAACAAAACCACCGUUUAAUAGAUCACAGUUCAGAUAAUUAUUCAAGAAAAUCUGUAGAGCCCGAGUCAACCAAACUGUUAUCACUAUCUCCUGUGCACUCAUCGUCGCCACCACAGUUGUGUCAACCAGAGCCUCAUCCACAUGAAUCUCACAAUCAAAUGGUUAUUCCGUCGAAUUUAGCCUCCAACCCUUUAAACGUCAAUAAAUCAUUUGUCACAAUUAAGAAACCGACAUCUCAUCAAGCUUCUGCCACACCCGUGCCAUUAUCUCCGCCCAGAAAUUCGAAUAUUAAUCACGGCGAGCAUCCCCGCCCUCAAAAUCAGCAAACGCCGUUGUAUGGAACUUCAAGAACGACUUCGCCUCUGGACUCGCCGUCGCGAAAGGAGAGAUAUCUCAUGAAGAAACAUUUGCAAGCUUCAAAGGCAGCUAUUGAUAUCACAAAAUCAACUGGUGAAUCCAUCCAGGUAACUACCUCUGUUCCUGGCAGGGAAGCUUCUAAUGAAUCCACCAGUGAUAAGAGCUACAAUUCAAAUCGUGAUAAUCAGAACGUUUUAAUAUCUUCCUCGUAUAAAUCAACUAAAAAUGGUAUCGUUGAAUCGAUUAUUACCGUCAAGGGUGUGCCAAAAACAAUUAUUGAGCCAGCUCACAAUUGGGAUGAGAAUUCAAAAUCUAUUCAUCCUUCAGAUAGUCAAGGUUCUUUUCAAGGCUCUUUUCAAGGCUCCCAUCAAGAUUCGUACCAAGAUUUUCAUCAUUCAAAUAAUGAUCGGCAGUAUGAUAAUGCUGAAGACCAAGUAGCAAAUUAUCUUGACUUGGACGAUGAAGCAACCCCUACAAGGUCAAAUCUAAUCGCGGUUUCUUCUACAAGAAAUGGACCUCGUUUACGUUGA